AUGCCGGUGCGGCGGCCCAGGAAGGGUCACCGCCGGAUCGACGCGGCCAUCGACCACUUCGCCGCCAUGGGCUACGCCGCACACCACAUUAGAUCCGUCGUCGGUGGUCUCGUCAAGGUGUACGGGGGCCCUAGCCCUGAUGUGUGGCGCCUACUGGAGGAAGGCUCCUACCAGGUUGUGCAAAACAGGCUCUUCGAGAUCGAGGAAGAGCAGAAGCAGAAUCAGGACGCGCAGCUGCAGCAGCAGGAUGGCCAGCAAGUGGAGGAUGAGCCUCCUCAGCACCAAGAACCAGCAGCAGACGAGGCAGUGGAAGACCCUAUGUUCAUUGAACCACAAGAUACCAUAUCAAUUUCAAAUGAGGCACCAGCAGAGACUAAGUCAGCAGAUAAGGAAGUGGAAGACCCUAUGUUCAUUGAACCACCUGCUCGUGAGGCUGCAUUGCCACUUAAUGCUGCUAGAAGGACUGGUCCAACGCGACCCUGCUAUGGAUGGCUUAGUGAGUCAGAAGAUGAGGAAGAGGAACAACCUACUGGUCAAAAACAUGAGAUGGUCACUAUGGCUUAUGAUCUCCUUAAUUAUGAACUAUGCAUGCCAUUGUCACCAUGA